AAAACAGUAGUUGUGAGCUACGUUUCUCAGAGAAUCUUCCCGUUGUCGCCUUAGCAAGUCCACCAGGUGCAGGGAAUACGUGGGUUCGUCAUCUUUUACAACAAGCUACUGGUAUAUACACGGGAUCAGUGUUCCAUGAUGGCCAGUUGUUCAAUAAAGGAUUCAGAGGUGAACGUGAUAACCCAACAUCAGGAAGAACGGUUGUUGUCAAAAUUCAUGAAGGAAGUAACCAAGUAAAUACAACCUUCAAUGCGGCAAUAUUGUUGAUGAGAAAUGUACUUGACUGCUGUAUAUCAGAAAUUAACAGCCGCAAGAGUCGGAGCCACACCGGAGUAGCACACGCAAGAAGUGUUAAGUCACGGGAUAUAGCGAGACAAAUCUCCAGGCUGCAUAACGUCGUCACUUUCUGGUUAACACGAUACAAUGGAUCAUUGUUAAUAGUACACUAUGAGGAUGUCAUGAAAGAUACAAUAGGUGAAGUUACCCGUAUGUUGGAUUUUCUCAAUAUUAGCGAGAAGGAACGUCGAAUGCAUUGUGUGAAAAAAGACAUGGAAGGACAAUUUCACAGACAAGCGAAAAACAACAUUACCAUGAAUGGACUGGACAAUAAAACGAUAGAAAUAUUAAAAAUAGAAUCCAGUUAUAUAUCUGAGCUAAUAUCAAAACAAAAACAACGUUAUGAUUCAUUUACUACAUGA